UAUUCUUCCACACUCCACCUUUCUAUGCUGUUUCACUCACUACACAACAUGUACCUUGGAUAUAAACCAUGUACAAAUUUAGUAUCACAAACUUGGUAGUACUGCUAACCUGUUCUUAUAAUUAACAAUUGACUAAUAGUUAAGUAGUACUAACUGACAACAAAUUGAAGUAGGCUCUUUAACUAUUAUAAAAAUAGAUCAAGUAGCUUCUUUAACUAACAAAAUGAGACUAAAUUCCCAGAAAAUGGAGAGUAAUAAAUAUUCAUAAUGGCCAGCUUGGUAAGAAAACUAAAUGAAAAAGAAGGAUGGGUUGCAUUUCUUUAUCAAAAAAAGAAGAAAAGUGGGUUGCAAAAUAAUCAUCAUUGAAAAUUGGAAUAGACAUCAAUAUCAAUAUGACAAAUGAUGUUUGAACAUCAAUACUAAUAGUUUUUUUUUUGUCAAAUAAUCUAGUGGUUAGAAUUUCACUUUUUAAGGUGAAUAAAUGGGAGGUACCAGAGUGUUUCAAAAAAAAAAUGGGGAUACCAGAGUUCGAACCAUGAUCCCUACAUAUUACAUGUAAUAUCCUUACCAACUGAGCUAUACUCACGAUGACAUACUAAUAGUCAUUUUACAACUACCACAUAUAUAAUGUAUGUUUCUUAAAGCAGUAAAAGUAUUUUUAUUUACAUAAACCAUUGUUAAUGCUCUAUAAAUAACAAUGCAUUGCCUACCACAAUACUAUCAAUCUAGUAUUUGUGUUCUCCUUCAAUGGCAUCAAAAGAUCUCACACAUUUCACAGAAAACCAAUCAAAAGAUGUGCAAUUAGAAGCAAUUGGUGAAGAAUGUAAGCAAUUAAUCCUCUCACUUCCUAAAGAAUAUGGGUUUGGCAACCAAUAUUAUUAUUUUUUUCAAGGUUUUUGGGUUACACCAUCACAAAUACAAUCUAUAAUUUGUUUUCAAAAUCACUUUGAAGCUAAAGAUAGUGAUGUUGUUAUUGCCUCUAUGCCAAAAUCAGGAAUAACGUGGUUAAAAGCACUUACCUUUGCCAUAAUUAAUCGUCAUCAUUUCUCUUCUUUAGAGAAUCAUCCAUUACUAACAUCUAAUCCUCAUGAAUUAGUGCCUUUCUUUGAAUUUAAUAUUUAUGUUGAUACCAUUUGUCAAUUUACUAAAGUUGAGUUAUUAAACAUGAUUGAACCAAGGCUUUUUGGAACUCACAUUCCUUUCCCUUCACUAGCCAAGUCAAUUAAAGAGUCCAAUUGUAAGAUAAUUUACAUAUGCAGGAAUCCAUUUGACACUUAUGUGUCUUAUUGGAGUUUCAUGAACAAAAUUUCAUUAAAUCAAUCUUUAGAGGAUGAUUUUGAAAGGUAUUGUAAGGGAAUAUGUCACGUUGGUCCGUUUUGGGACCAUAUGUUGGGUUACUUGAAGGAGAGCAUAGCUAGACCAAACAAGAUAUUAUUCUUGAAAUAUGAAGAUCUUAAGGAAGAUGUAAAUUUUCAUGUUAAAAGAAUUGCAGAGUUCUUGGAUUGUCCUUUCACUAGAGAGGAGGAAAGUAAUGGCGUGAUUGAAAAUAUUAUCAAUUUAUGUAGCUUUAAAACGAUGAAAGAAUUGGACGCAAAUAAAUUUGGCAGCUUUGGAUGGAAUAUUGAGAAAAAGUAUUACUUUCGAAAGGCGGAAAUAGGAGAUUGGAUUAAUUAUCUUUCCCCUUCAAUGGUAGAAAAACUAUCCAAAAUCAUAGAAGAAAAAUUAAGUGGAUCAGGUCUUUCAUUUAAAGUAUGCCCAUAAUAGUAAAUGUUUAAUGGGGAUGUAAUUAUCUUAAAUAAAAAAGAGCAUUUAAAUAUUGUAGCUCUUUUUUAUUUGCUGAAUAAACAGAGGUUUUACAUGUUUAUUUUGAGUGACUAUCUUAUUUUUUAUCAUAGAAUCAGAUGGAUGGGAAGUGUGUAUAAAUGUUUAAUUCAUGUUUAUAUUGAGUGAUCUUUAUAUUGACAUGUUAUAUUAUUAUAAACUUGAUCAUAAUAUUCACCUUAUGCAAAUUCUUAUCUUGAUUAAACCAUUCCAUGUCUCCAGAAAUAGACACCAACAUAAUAUGGAUUGAUUAAUGAUGCAUAUUAAAUUUUGGCAAGAGAACAAAUAAUAUGAGUUCUCUCGAGGUGGUUUUUCAAAUUUUAUGCUACAGUGAUAUCUCUACCUCAAACUGAUAUAUGUUAAACACUGCUAAGUGCAAACUAUGACUCCAUUUCAAUCCUCUAAUCUUUCUGUUA